CUCACUAGAUCUCUCUCAUCGAUCCAUAUCUUAAUCUCACACACUAAGCUAACUAACAAGUUUUGAGACACUACUUCAUUCAUCUGUACAUCAUUUUUCUCAUUUGCCCAAAUUUCAUCAAUAUCGAAUUUAAUUUAGUGGAGCUCAUCUCAUGACAUCAAUUCAGAGUUGAGAGUCGACAGAGGUUCGUCGUUCAUGGAAUGGAAAAAGCAUAUUCAUUCACAUCGGGAUUGGGUGGCAUCGGGAAAAAAUUUUGGUAAUGUUCUCUUUAAUCUAUUUUUAUUUUGAAGAAUAUGAGUUUAAAAAAUCUUAUUUUAGAUUCAUUUCUAGCCUUUUUAAUAAAUUUCGGCUUUUUUCUUAUGGAUUAGGUUUGUUAUACAUCCUCAAUUUGUAUUUUCUUCUGAAUUAUUGUUUUGUACGUAAUAGGUACUUGUAAUAGAUUUAUAGGAGAGUUAGGACUAAAAUUUUUGUCAGUUUAAUUUAGUUGCAAUUCAGUCCUAGUAUAAAUUAAUUGGAUUGCAGACCCUACUUUAUUGAACAGAAAUGUUAUAACUUUUUUUUUUUUUUUUGUAUUUUCCAUUCAAGCUCGGUUGUAUAUGCAACGUAUACUUAAGAUUGUUUAAUAAAUACUUUCAAUUUUAUAAUAUAUACAUAUAUAUUACCUCUCGCUCUAUCCCUAUUAUACGAUUAAAUACUUCCAUUUAAAUACCGCAUACUUUAUUUUGUGAUUUUUUUUUAAAAAAACAGAAAGAAAACUUCACACGAUUUAAGAAUUGAAAUUUCCCAUAGUUUCCCUCACUCUUCGUCUGAGCUUUAGUUCUUCAAGCAAAUAUGCGCUCGCGAACUUCUCGGCAAUCAAGCAGUAAUGCAUUCGUUCAUCAAAAUGGUGAGAAAAAAAAACCAACUCACAGCGAUCCCCUAAGUCGAGUUCAAAGAAAUAAGUGUCUGGUCAAAGCCCUUUUCGAUUUUUGAUUUUGUUGACAAUCGAAUUUUAUACCAUAUUUUAUUCGAUUGUUUGGGGUAGAAGCCUUGAUUCCGUAUUUGUAUGUCUCGGUUUGUAUUUGUAUGUCUCGGUUUGGUGAUGAGGAGCCCUAGGUGUUCGGUGUUGUGUUUGUUCAACGGGUUUGAAAUUGUUCGAAUUUUUGGUCAGGAAACCCGGUUAGGUGUUCUAUUUUGACACCAAUUUUGGGUAAUUUUAUCUGUUUUAUCUUUAAUUUUGUUAAUUUUGGAGAUGUAUAUUUUGUUUAGUUACUCGAAGUUGCAUAUUUUAGUUUUUUUGUUUGAUUGUUCGGUAAUUAGUCAUAUUUGUGGGUUGACAAAUGCGGUAUUAUUAGGUAUCAGGAGUUUCAUUUGUUUGAUCUAAUUUUUUAAGUAAUAUAACUGUAGGGGACAAUUGUAUACUCGGAAUGUGCUUUUACGUACUCCUGAUAAAUUGUGAUAAACUUUUAAUUAAAUUGGAGAUUUGGAUAAUAUAGACUGAUGAUAUUUAUUUAAAAACCGAGUACAAAUCAGUAAUCAGCAGCUUUGCAUUACCCUUUUUUCACAACGAGGUAGAGAAACUCAAGUGACACAUGUUGGACGAACACAUAAAAGCCAUCAAAAUGACUCCGUUCGGGCAUUUUUUGGACUGUCCGAAGAUGAAGUUUCUGUGGCACAGCCUUGUUGCCCUCGUUAAUAAUUUUAAUUCGGAGUCUACGUAGUUCAAGAUCAGAACUGACAUUGAGCUGCCGUUUGAAGCUGAGGAAUAUUUUGUAGGCUUGGGACUACAUGCGAAAGGAAUUUACGUGACGGACAACACAUCAGUCGAAAGUGAAUGGUUUGUUCGGAUUUUUGGGGGCAAGCUGCGUUCUGUAACCCGUGGCGAGGUGUUGCUGAAGCUGCGUAAGGCUCUAUUGCAAGGGCUGAAGCCUUUAUCAGUUGCGGAUGUUGCCCGUCUCUUUAUUUUUCUUGUUUUUGCAAAUAUUUUAUUUUGUGUUGCGAAUUAUUCUGUACUUUUUUUUUGGUUAUCGUAUGUGGAUGACUUGACUGCGAUUGGUGACUAUGCAUGGGGACUGCAAGUCAACCAAUAUCUCUUGAAGUCUAUAAACGACUUCAAUUCCGGAAAGAAAUAUUUAAAACAGGCUGCACAGUCGGUUUGUUGGCUUGGUUAAACGAAAGAGUCCCAACCUUGGACAAGGCAAGGUGCCUACCGAAGGUACCGCGGUUCUUUCGGUGGCUGAACAGCCUUGGUCUGAUUUUCAGGGUUCAUGCAGUGACUGAAUUAUCAUCUCUGAAACGGUCAUAUAUUCAGGACUUUUAUCGGAUAGGCACCGAAGAGAAGUUUGUUCGUGCAAUCUGCCAUGCUUCGGAGGAAGCAGCUCAACAAAUUGCGGUAUUGAAAGUGGAGCUACGGAAAAAAGACGCUACAAUUGCGAAACUACUCGUAAAUUGCAAAGAGCUAGAUCUGGUGUUGUCGAGGAGGACAGUGAAGCUGAGUGCGAGGAUGAGAGUAAUGGCGACGAGGAGGGUGACGCAGAGUAUGGGGAUGAGACAACAAACCGGAUGGAUGUGGAGACAGAGAAGAAACAUUUUGCAGGAGGAUGAGGAAAAUCAGACAAAAGAGGACUCGGAGGAAGAGAAGCAUGGUGAAGAGGAAAAAAAGUAGGCCGGUGAGGAGGAGAAGGUGAAGAAGAGGAGAAACAAACUAAGGAGGAGAAGAGUCAAGCUGAGGAGGACCUCAACGAGGCAGUGGAAGAGCGAGUCAAUACCGAACGACGAAACAAAAACAAAAUGGACACCUUUUUGGGCCAAAUUGAUGCGAUAAACGAGUCGGAUGAUAAAGGAUUGGUAGCCUGCAAGAGUUUAACCAACUGAUGACCAUUGUACCGUAUAUUGCGCCGCCAGAUGUCAAGGUAAGUUAAUUAAUAUAGUAAGGUUGUGUUUGUUUGGGGGUUUGGAUUUUGAGUUGGAAUUUGAAUAGUAGAAAUUUUGAAUUUGAAUAGUUGUAUGAUGUGAUAUAAAUAGAUUUUGAUGUGAUGUUUUAAAUGUAAAAUUGAUUUUUAGUAUAAUAUAAAAAAUAAAAAUUAGGUGUUUGAUUUGAUAUUUUUGGGAAAAAAAAUUGAAUGAAUAGUGUAAAUCCAAUUCAAUCUCCCAAACAAACACACCCUAAGUAUAUGUUGUAGGUCGUAGUUGUCUAUAUGUUGAAUGAUUGUUUGUUCGGUUGAAAUCGUAGCAGGCCGAUAAGUCCGGCAGUGAGACUUGUAGUAGGACCGCAAAUUCAUCGAUCGUAUGUGUUGUAAUGGCACGUAAGGAUCGGAAGAGAAAAAAAAAAAGCCAAAAUUUGUGACAUCAGUAUCAACACCGCAAAUUAAGAAAGCCAGAAAAUCUAGGAGGGCUAAAGGAAAGUCAGUGGCCAACGUCAAUAAUGAGCAUGUACGUAGUUUGAUAAGAAUAUCAGUUGUCCGAUUUAAAAUAUUUCGGAUAGAUUCUUA